AUGGCAGAUAACACCCCCUCACGUCGUUCGAAGACUCCAAUUCCCACUGCGAUUGUCCCACCAACCCCGAGUCGCAUUCCCAUCCCUUCACAAUCGUCGCGUUAUCCCUCGUUUGCCUCUCCAACGAAGGCAAGCUUAGCACGCCAUAAUCCGCAAAUACUCGGGAGAGCCACUUCUACAGGACCGGAAGUUGGCAGAUCUCCGAGUAAAGGGAGAGUACAAAAUACUUUCAAUAGAGCGCUGGGAAAUACACCGCAACGAGAAAGAGGAAGGAGUGUUACUACUGGCGCAGAACGAUCAAUUUCAGGAUCGACCAGAGAUGAUGCGAUUACUCGGACACCCACGAGAGCUCGAUCGAUUGGAGGGGCAAUGGCAUCGAAACCGAGGAGAAUGUCAAGAUCCCCUGCCAAACGACCAAUCGCUACCGAAACUCCAAGGAGUAAUUUCAAGCCCGCGGCAGAAUUUGAGAAUAUUCAGGGAAUUGCAAAUCCAUUCAAAAAGACGGGAUUAAGAAGAUCACCCGUACCGGGACAAAGUAGCCAGCCUACGGCAGAACCGCAAGAACAAUCGCAAGAUGAUUUCAAUCCUUUCAAGAAAACUGGGCUAAGGAGAUCACCACCUGCUGCGGUGCCAGUUUUAGGAACAACUGUGCCUCAAACGUCUAUAGAAAUGGAUGAAUCUGUCUCCACUACUCCAAAAGAUUCGGCACAUUUACAUGCCUCUACUACACCAAAGGAGCCAGUACCUGUAUUCACUUCAACAACACCCAAAGAACCGACACCUGUAUAUGCUUCAACUACACCGAAAGAUCCAGUACCCGUUCAAGCUUUAGAGCCUUAUCUUAGGGCUCCAGAGGAAGUGGUCAUUAGGAGCCGAGGUUCAAGUCAACUCCGUUCUUCUCAAGCUUUUGGGUCUAUUAGUGUUCCAGGUACACAAGUUGCACAAUCAGCUGAAUCUGCUCUGCCUGCGAGCCCCGCCGAACCCUCCCGGGCUUCAGAAGAGGAAGAGGUUGUGCCUGACUCGCAAAUCGCAGAUCAGGUUGUUUCUACGACUCCAAAUGAUCCUGUACCACCUCAACCACGGACCUUACAAACAAAUGACCCUUUUGUAAUUGAUGUGCCGCAACAACAGGAACUAGAGGACGAACCUCAAGUUACCGAGCUUCCAAAGUCCGAUGAUGUAAAUCCGUUGAUGAGUGAUGACUCUCCCACCGAGCGUAAAGCUCGGCAAUUAUCUAUGUCUAGGCCAGCACAACGGCCACUGUUCACAUUUUCGGAAAAGACAUUUCUGUCUCCAUCUAAAGCAAGGCAGAAACCAGCAACACCAGAAGAGUCUGACUUGCCACCGACACCCACGCAGCGUGGUAUUGCAGACCCAGUCGUCACAACACCACCAGUUGGAAUUCACAAUACCCCAAGCAAGACUGCCAGAAGAAACAAGGCACUAGGCGCAAAGAUGAAGUCAUCUCCAUUAAAACCACGUGCAGAACCUCCGCCAGAAGUAGACACAUCACAAGAACCACCCGCUAAGAGACGAAAGUCGGCUAGAUUUUUGAUUCCGCAUGAUCCACAUGCAGCGAAGAAGAAAGUUAGAGACGAUCUUCUCAAAGAAUUACAGCAAUUGCAAGCCGAUGUCAGUUUAGCGAAUCAGGAGAAUGAGAGGAUACGUCUGCACCACGAGUCAAAAAGUACAAAACCGCCAAGAGCAUCAAACUCUGAAGAGAUACUAGAUUUACUCUUACGCUCAACUGCAAUUGAGAAAGAAGACAGGCCAGAAAAUGUCAGCGCUCUAAAAGCCACUAAUCUUUUCUUGCCAUUUGCUGGACGGCGUAAAGCCCGACAAGCAGUUAUACCACCAAUUCAGAAGCCUCUUCCAUCCCAUCUUCCUAUAGUACUUGACGAUCCACUCCCGCAUUUGCAACUAUUCAGUCAUCUGACAUACACAUCGAAUAUCACUCUUCUUCCAGCUGCGCCCAUUUCGUCCAACGAAUCUACUACGGAACUCCUCGUACCAACCUUACAACACCAUCAAAUUUCCGCAUCCCAUCCUUCUGGACUUUUCAGCGCACGCCUUUCUAUGAUAGUCGAUACCUCUUCUCUGACCAUAUCCUCGCUUAAUGUGGAUUCAUUGGAUCCUAACGCGGAGCCUGAACUCGGACCAUUUGUCCGACGACGAGCAAGUGGUGAUGGGCCGCACGCAAAAGAUAUUGGUACAGUGUGCUGGGCGAUGGGGAGGUGGACCGAAGUAUCCGUAGCGAGAGCAAAGUUUUGGUGUGAUACUGAAAGAGAAUUUGGGACAGCGGAAGCCAGGAGGAAAAGUAUAGAAAAGCAAGGGAAAAAAAGAAGGAAGAGAAAGGCUAUUGAAGAUGACGAGGUGGCUGAAGGGGAGGGAGAAGAAAACUCCAGAAAAUGGACGAGAAGGGAGUUGUUUCGACAGAUGGGACGGACGAAUAUUGUUCUUGAUGGGGAUGAUGUCCAGAUUCGAGUGGGGUGGAAGAUUGGUUUUGACUGGAUCGGUGAUGUAGAGAGUCAUCUGGAUCUUGAUAUAGGCUUGCCAAAUAGCUGGCAUAAACAAGACGAUCGUAAGAGUUUGAGUAAGAUUAAAGAUAUGUUCGGAAAGCUAGUCAAGGAAAAGGGGCCAUUGGGAGCUCUGAGAAUCACUGUAGGACUUAUCAUGGCAGAUUCUUCGUGA